AUGUACGCAGACGACAUCGUUAUCUUCUCCUCUUCAAGAGACGCUCUUCAAACAGCCGUGAACGCAUUGGAGCUAUGGGCCAGAGAGAAUUCUCUUCAAGUGAACAGACAAGGCGAAAGUGAUGAAAUUCCGACUCGGAUGUUGAUGUUCUGUCCAACCUGUGCCAAUAUUUUGGGAGUAGAAGAAGGACCUAGUUGCUUUCGAUUUGCAUGCAGCACUUGUCCUUACGUCUAUAAUGUCAAUAAGAAAAUCAGCAAUCGGAUGUAUCCAAAGUUGAAGGAAAUUGAUGAUGUUCUUGGUGGCUCUGCUGCAUGGGAAAAUGUAGAUUCAACUGAGGAGGUUUGUCCUAAGUGUACACAUCCAAGAGCAUAUUUCAUGCAGAUUCAGACCCGAUCAGCAGAUGAACCCAUGACAACAUUCUACAAAUGCUGCAACCCUCUUUGUGGACAUCGAUGGCGUGACUGAUUUGAGUUUUUCUACCCUGCUUAAUCACAUCUGUAUGAGAGUCCUCUUUUCAGGUUGUAAGCGUAGUGUGCAGCAUGUUAUACACCAAAGUUUGAGCAUUGUUAUUCGUAUGAAGCCUUUCCCUCAUGUCAUCCCAUUGUUGGAGAAUGGGACAAGUUUCAAUAUAGACUCCUUAGCUUCUGUUGCAGCAAAAGCACUUUUGAGUGGUGGAGUCAUUGCCCUCCCAACAGACACCAUCUAUGGUAUAGCUGCACUGGCCCAGGAUCCUGAUGCAGUUCAAAAGAUUUACAAGAUAAAAUCACGUCAAACAUGCAAGCCUCUGGCCAUCUGUGUUGCUGACAUUGAUGAUAUUUUUCACUGGGGACAAGUGACUGUUUCAAGGGAAUUGUUAGAAAGGCUUCUUCCAGGACCUGUAACUCUGGUCUUCAGGAGAUCAUCAAAAUUGAAUCCAGCCUUGAAUCCAGGAACUGAUCUCGUUGGGAUUCGUAUACCAGAUCAUGACUUUGUGAAGGCUGUUUGUCAGCAGUGUAGGGGUCCUCUUGCUCUGACAAGUGCAAACAUAAGCUCUGGUCUCAGCCCCCUUUGUAUUAAGGAGUUUUCUUCUUUGUGGCCGCAGUUGGCCUUUGUCUUUGACGGAGGCAAACUUGGAGACACAAAAGAAGCACGUUUGGGCUCAACGGUUGUAGAUCUGUCUCAUAGAGGACAGUACUCUUUCAUCCGUCCAGGCUGUGCCUGUCUGGCAACCCAAUCAAUACUUGAAGGAGGUGGUCUUACUGUAGCCACUCAACAAUGAGCCUCCUAAAGAGGAUUUCCAGGCUGACCCCGGAUCUCAGACGGGAGAAGAGUGUCAAGGCAACAAUAAGUCAGAAGCUUUCUGAGUGCUUCAAGGAGCUGGCUGGACGAGAAAGGAAUGAAGAACAUGCAAUUGUGAAUGAUGACCUGACGAAUCAAAUCUGCUCUAUAAUUGAGGCUGUCUUUGUUCAUGGCCUUAGAGCCAAGUUCUUUGCUGCUGUCUCUGACUUGAUCAGUACCAAUCCAGAUUUCAUUCCAAAUCCAAGCUUCUGGGAUUUCCUGCUUGUCUACCUCCACAAGGACCUCAUCUCUGAGAUCCAGUCCCUGUCUCAAAUCUCCACUGACAUUGGAAAAAGCCGGGCUUGGAUAAGAAUUGCCAUGAAUGAAGGCCUCCUGAGUAGUUACUUCAAGGCCAUGGUCAGUGACACUCGAAACUUGAAAUUCUGUUACCACUCCCAUGCAUACAUGCGAGAUGCAGAGGAGCCUGAAAUCAUGUUGAAAUAUCUUGAAAGUCUUGAGACAUAUUCCUUCAAGUUGGCAUUCAAUUCAAGUGUACUGAACAAGUGGACUGUCACCCCACUUUUGCUUGCUGGUGUCUGGUCGCCUCCAAUUCCUCCUGACCCCGUUGUUCAGGGAAUUGAUGCACUGCUGGGCCUUGAGAAUGAACAGGGUGUCUCCAGAAACCACAAGCGUCAGCAUCCCCUAUCAUCAGGAUCAGACCCAAAUGACAACAAUAUGACGAGUAGUACCUUUGAUGCAGAAGAGGUCUUCAGGUCUAUCAUCCAAAGUGGUCAGCAUGGUGAAGAAAGCAGAGGGGGAGGUACAUCACAGCUAGGUGAUGGAGCAUUGGACAUGAUGAAGGACAUUGUGCAUUAUAGUGUUGAACCUAUUGAUGAGGACCUGGAAAACCGCAUCAUAAGGCGAAUUCAGGAAAGCAGGUCAGAGGACAAGGAAGAGGAAGUUUCAUCUGAAUGCCCUGGAAGUAGCAUUACUGGACAAGAAGAGACAUCAGCCAGUGAUGGACUCUUGCAUCCACAACAGCCUGGCCAUGCAAGGCCUACUCGUGCCAUAUCAAUUCAAGAAUCAUAUAAUACUCUAUUAAAUAAUUAUAAAGAGGUGAUUGACAACACUGUGAUCAAGACUCCAGACUUCAAGGAACUCUGGGGGUCUCUUGGUUCCCCAAGUUCAACAGAUGCCAGCUCCAUGGCUGGAGAAUCAUCAGAGGACAUGCUGCAAGAACACUCUGAGACCACUGAACAACCCGUUUCCAGUCUCGUUUCUAAGGAUUCCCCUGAGUCACCUGGUGCUGAAAGGAUGGGUUUUGAAGUUGUGGGUCCUGCCGAUGCUGCAACUGAUGAUUCCAAUCGCCACCAGUUCCUGGAGUUUCUUGGCCAUAUUGCAAAUGAACAGGGUUUAGACAGACAGAACUAUCAGUGCAAGGCUUGUAUGCGACCAAUUGGAAUGAUUUAUGGAAAGGCAAGGUUCUGUAUGUUUGAUGGAAGCUAUUAUUGCUAUGAGUGUCACGAAGAAGAGAAGAACGUGAUUCCAGCUCGGAUGAUUCACAACUGGGAUUUCACUGCAUAUCAUGUAUCGAAAGAAGCCAAGAAGUUCCUCCAGAGUAUCCAAAAUGAGCCUUUGCUGGAUAUCAAGUCUAUUAACCCACUCAUUUACUCUUAUUACCCUGAGAUGCAGAAAAUUCAAGAACUCAGGAGGAUGUUGAACUAUCUGAGACUCUACCUCAUGUCUUGUCGAGGGAGUCCUGCUGAGGAGUUCCGAAAAAUCAUCUGGCCUAAGGAGUAUCUUUGUGAACAUAUUCACCUCUAUUCCAUCCAGGUGAUGCAUAUAGUUUAUUCAAAAAAAGAACAUUUUCAUUUUUCAGGUUAUUCACUUCAUUGGGAAAAACAGAUAAAAUAUACCUUUCAUGCCACAUAUAACAGUAUUUUGUCCAUUAUCAUAUAACAGGAUCUCCAGCAAGUACUAAAUAGUCAGUUGGCAGGAUUGCUGCAGAAGGCCAUUGAUUAUGCAACUUCACAUGUCCUAAAAUGUGCCCUAUGCUGCCAGAAGGGCUUCAUCUGUGAAGUCUGUCGACAAGAUAAGGUCAUCUUUCCCUUUCACCUCAAUUUGACCCAUCGAGUGAGUCUCUUUGUCCAUUCACCAUACUGGUUGGUUUGUAUCCUUGACAAAAUGUAUGGUGGGUGCUCUUCACAGUGCUCUAAGUGCCAUGCUGUGUAUCACUCCCAAUGCAUGAAUGACCUGCUUCCCUGCCCAAAGUGCAAAAGACGAGAAAAGCGAGCGGAGGAAGCUGCCAUGCGGACCACUCCUGUCCUUUCCACUGAUAUGGAUGAUGGAGUUCACAUGAGUGAAGAGUUACAUGAUGCACUAAGAGAGAAGUGAUAUGUGACAAUUCAAACUGUGCAUCUUCCAGACCUUAUUGAAGAGAACUGCACUGACUCUCCAUUAUGCCGUGAUGUUUUCUUUUUUUAUUGACACCUGAUUCCUCUAUAAUGAAGAUAUUCUGAAUGU